AUGACGAUGGAGUACAGAGUAGAAAGUAUUGAGACAAACUACAGAGAAACACUACAGGCGGACUUUGAUGCUUUUGAUAUAUCCGAAGAGCUUGGAUUUAUCCUGGAAGAGCCACUGACUAGCCUUCCAGAUUAUUACCGGGUGUGGUUGGACCUGGCAAAUAAUCUCACACACCUGAUAGAAUCCCGUAAACUCCGGGAUCUGGUUCAUAAGAUGCCAGUUCUGAGCCCCAAGCUUCUCAGCAGCCACCGUGAGCUCAGGCUGGCUCACCUGGCGUUGGGAUUCGUCAGCAUGGGAUAUGUGUGGCAAGAAGGACAGCAUGCACCUGCUCAGAUUCUCCCAAAAGCACUGGCCUGGCCUUACUGGCAAAUAUCCCAUAGGCUUGGCCUGCCACCCAUCUUGACUUAUGCAGAUUCAGUUUUGGCCAACUGGAAGUUAAAGGAUCCCACAAGGGAUAUGGAAAUUGGGAACAUGGAGUUGAUAUUUUCUUUUCCUGGCGGUGAGAGUUGCAGGGGAUUUUUCAUGGUGUCACUACUGGUGGAGAUGGCUGCCAGUUCAGGCUUAAGGGGGGCCCUGGAAGUGAUGCACGCCAUGAAAAUCUCUGACCUCAUCGGCAUACAGAAAGGUCUAAUCAAAGUAACGCAGUCUUUGAAGAAGAUGAAGGAAACAUUUCAACUCAUGCACAAUCACGUGGAGCCAACUGCAUUUCAUGGAACAUUGAGAAUUUUUGUGUCAGGAUGGCGAGAUAACCCCAUGCUUCCAAGGGGGCUGCUGUAUGAAGGUGUGAGCAAUGAGCCAAUUUCGCUGUCAGGUGGAAGUGCUGCCCAGAGUUCAGCUAUUCAAUGUUUUGAUGCCUUGCUUUGCAUUCACCACGAGGAUGAGACAGGAGCCUUCCUGACACGCAUGAGAGAUUACAUGCCUCCUGCCCACCGUCAGCUGAUAGAAACUCUGUCUGUCUGUCCUUCACUGCGAGACUUCAUCAUCACUUGCUCUAGCUCUGACCUCUGCCAGGCGUACAACUCCUGCGUCUCCGCACUGGUGGAUUUACGGAAUUAUCACCUCAAUACUGUCACCAAAUAUGUAAUCGUUCCUGGUAACCAUGCCCGUGGAUCCAUGGGUUGUCCUCUUAGGGGGGUGGGUACUGCCCUGAACUGCACUGGGACUGGUGGAUCUAAUCUCAUGGUUUUCCUCAAGAGUGUUCGUAAUACCACCAAAAAAGCACUGAUCUUGGAGAGGCCAAAGACAUCAAGAGAAAGUGAAAUGUAGUUUUUAGUUUAUGAUAAUGCACCAUCCAAAUAUGUGCAUGCACUAUGCUCAUUAGGUAGUAUUUAUGAAAGGACACAACUUAAUUGUCUACACAGACAAGUUUAUACAAAGAAGGGAAUUGGAAUUAAUUGCAUGAAAUAAGAUGAAAAGCCAUUAACUGAGGUAGAGAAGAAAAAUGGUUGAGAAAAAAAAAAGUUGCAACAAUAAGGGUGAAGGUUGGAUGUGAGGCCAGGUCACCGAGUUGGAUAGACUAGAACUGCUUCCACCCCGCAGGAUUUUUUGGGGUUGUCUCUCUUCUUCCCGUUGGAGAUUAAUCACAUUUGGAGAGAGCACACAAGGAACAUCGCUGAGCCCUUUGUGAUUUUGCUCUGAUUCACUACAGCACAGAAGACCAAAGUUCAGUCCUGGUUCCACUCCCAAGAAUGAUGUGUAGCAGUCUGCUAUGAAACAGACCUGGGACGGGGAGAGGGUAUUCCUUGAGUUUUCUUUCAAUGAAAUCCUGCAUUUCACUUAAUAUGAAUACCCAGGACUCUUUUAUGUAAUAUAGAUUUG